GGUUGACAGAGCUCGCUUCAGGGACUUGGAAGAGGAAACGAGUUGCGUCGACCUGCUGGAGAUUGGUCUGCCUAUGCUGACUGUCAGGCACGGCCAAAAUGUAAACGUCCUCUGAACGCACGGCAAUCUGCCUGCAACCACGAGUGAGAACAUCGCCCGUAGGCCGGCCCAAGCGGUGGCAAGCUGGCAAGUGAUUAGCGCGAACUUCAAGCUUCAAGUAGCCGGACACCUGACAGCACCAAACAAGCAGCCAUGCAGGUCGACCAGCUCCGGCCGAUGGUGCCUCUGCUCGACUGUCCCAGAGUGGCUACGCUACCGAGUCACGUGGACCUGCUCGACCGGGCCGAUGUUUUCCCACACAUAAGCGAGCAAUGGAACAGUGACUGCUUCGUCUUCCCGGCUGCCUGGCCUCGCACACGCAUCCUGCCUUAUCCUGAACCCAAGCGAACAGCAACGCCAAGCUUUGAAGAGAUCAGCAAAGUCCAGACCGAUGCUGUAUAUUGCACGCCAGAGAACAGGCAGCUCUGGGAGAACUCGGAGCCGCUGCUCGUCGUUGUCAAUCGCUAUCGUCGAGCAAAGCCAGCUCACAGUCAGCCGAGGACGCCAAGAACCACGAUGGUGACGAUGCACGCAAACGGUCUCCACAAGGAGACCUUUGAGCCCACGCUCGCUCACCUCAUCAAAACCCUUGGGACGGACGCGCAAGAGAUUGAGGAAAUAUGGUCGCUCGACCUUGCCCAUCAGGGCGUCUCCGGCUUGGUCAACGCCAGCAAGAGUAAUCUGGAAGUCCACAGCUGGCCUGAUCAGGGCCGCGAUCUGCUCAACUUCCUUCUCCUCUAUCUUCCCCCGGCCACACGCAACGUCAUAGCGGGCGAAGAUCCCUCUCUCUCGCACGGCGCCAGCGCUUUGUCGUCAGGCUCUCCAGCUCCGCGAAUGCUUGCUCGACAGCAUCUAGAAGACAGUGCCUUGCUCAGACUGGACGGUAGUGGGGCACAGCUUAGCGGCCAACAGAUCAGAGGACGCAAGAUCCUGGGCUUGGGUCACUCUGUCGGCGGCUCAGGUGCGCUCAUAGCCGCUACGACAUUGCCAUCCGUCUUCUCGAGCAUCGUCUUGAUUGAUCCCGUCGUUGGACCGCCAAGCAUGUUUUCACCCGAAGCGCUUCCGGCAAACAGGAAAGCGUGGGUCGCGCGAGUAUCUCAAACUUUGGCACGCCGCGAUCACUGGCCUUCAAAAGAUGAGGCCGCAAAAGCGCUCAUCAAGAACAAGAUGUUUUUCGGCCGCUGGGCGCCAGAGACGCUCGAUCUGUAUGUCCGCUUUGGUCUGACAGGAGGCGAUCGAGGCACAAGAUUGACGAGUACGAAAGUCUCCGAGGCCGUGCGCAUGAGAGACUAUGUCUACGCUAGAAAGCUGACCACAGUGCGGCAGGGCAUCUUCUGCCUGCCAGAUCCGCCGCUUGAUACAAUGGAGAUCUUUACGCGGAUGCCACUUGUCCCUGCUGAUCUGCCCUACCACUACAUCUUUGCAGAUCGUCACAUGGGCGUCGUGCCCGAGAGUGCCAUGAAAGAUAUCCUCAGCCAGAUCUCACGCCAUGCCACCUCGACGAGAAUCAAAGGCGCAUCCCAUCUCGUUGUGCAGGAAAAACCGGAAGCGCUCGCAGUUGAGAUUGCCCGCCUGAUACUCGGCGACGGCGCGGCGACAUCUCGGUUGUGACCGCCCUGACUAGUUUCACCGGCCACAUCGCUGAUCUAUCAAGCCGAGCGCCUUGACGACUCUGCUCCUAGACAAAAAUGCGCUUUGCCGCACUUGGCGCGCUCUUCGCU